GCCUGCAACGUUCUCCGGGAGCGUAGGUCUAAUGUGACGUCACGGUAGCCUAGUUGGGUUAGGUUUUACGCUGGAAAUUCUAACGAAAAAUUUUUUGUUUGACGAUUAAUGUUUUUCCCAUCGUGUCUGCUGCACUGAGCGACGUGAAGAGCUAACGCAGUGGCGAACAGUAAUCGUAUUUCGUAAACCGUUCGAUCGCGAGACCCCGCGCUAUCGGCGUAUAUGAGAUUUUAAACGGAAAAUGAAUCGACAUGAAGGGGUAAGUUGUGACUCCUGCUUAAAGGGGAAUUUUCGGGGUCGCAGAUACAAGUGCCUCGUGUGCUAUGAUUAUGAUUUGUGUGCCAGCUGCUAUGAACGGGGUGCCAAUACUACAAGUCACCUCUCUGAUCAUCCUAUGCAGUGUAUACUUACUAGAUCCGACUUUGAAUUAUAUUAUGGCGGAGAAGGAGUAAGUAUAGAGCAGCCGCAAUCUUUAACUUGUCCUUUCUGUACAAGAAUGGGUUUUACCGAAGCUACAUUGCAAGAACAUGUUGCUGCAGAUCACCCGGACACUUCUUUUGAAGUUGUUUGUCCAGUAUGUGCAUGUACCUCAGGAGCAGAUCCUAAUGCCGUGACCGACGAUUUUGGAGCACACUUGAGUGUGGAGCAUCGUAGUGGACCAAGAGAUCUGAUCUCUUUCCUAGAUGAACCGUCCACAAGUAGACACAAUCCUAGACGGAUAUCAAAUUCAUCUAGAGGUGUUAAUGGGCCACGACCUCGCAGGUCCAAUAUGCAUUUCAGUUCGUCCGGGGGAUUGAGUCCAAGUAGUCGGGAUAGUGGCGAUCCAAUUACAGAAUUACUUUCUCAAUUAUCCGGUGUUCGUAGAAGUGGUGCAGCAACUGGUCAAAGUUUAUCAACGCCAUCACAGUUACAACAAUUGCAAAUGCAGCUACAAUUGGAGCGGCAACAAGUUAGAGCUGCUAGGCAACAAUUAGAACGGUUACCUAGGAGGCAGGCUCAGCCUAUUGGUUCUGUAAGUGGUGGAGGAACUACUAGUAUAGGUGGUCAUUCUAGCACUAUGACCAGUGUGGUAGCAAAUAGUACGAGUAGUAACAAUAAUGCAACUAAUGUGGCUAACCCGUCCGGCGUAUUAUCCACCAAUUCACAGAACUAUAUGUUUCUGUUGCCAAGAUGCAUUACGACUACUCUGUCUGACUCGCAGUUACAAGACAUUGAACGCGAAAGUGCGAAUAGGAGCCUCUUUACGCGCGAACUUAUCGUCGGAACUCUUUCGCAAACAUUACCGGAGUUGAUACAGCAGCAGUCUGCGGCGCAAACACCAGUGUCGAGCGCGACUACCGCCACAACCAGUCCUGAAACACCAAAUGCUAUUUCUUCCACGGUUUCCACGAAGAAAUUAAGUCUAGCUCAAGAGGCAAAAAGGGAUCAAGCGACGAGUAAACACGUAACGCAAACUUCUACGCAACAGUCGCAUAUUGUUCAGGCCGCUGCUGGUAGUAUGGGGACGGGUCUGCAAAGCCAAGGAUUGCCCCCAAACUCGAAUAACCUUGCAUCACAGAAUACACCUAUGGUUCAAACACUGAUGCACAGUGUAUUACCUCAGCCAUUGGUAUUGCAGCAACCACUACCGCUACCAAUUAGUAGAUCUAUCAGAGAACCGAUAGCAACCCCGGCACCAGCAUACCUUAGAGGUGGAGUUGGUCCAGUUGGAGUAACAGGUCCUUCACGUAGGAAGCCGGUUAGGGCUGUAGAUGGCAGAAACCAAUCUACGGAACCUCCGCCCCCACACUAACCUCUCCUUAGCCCGUACCCACCCACCCUGAUUCCUCACAGGACCCUCUAGCACUAGUCCUAGCACUGUUUAGAACACCUCAUCAUUAUUGUUAUUAUUAUAAUAUUAUAUAUUAAUAAUUAUUCGAAUGCCCUCCUCCUCACCCUCCCUAUCUAUCACUUUUUAAACUCUAAUCUCGCCAUCUUUUGUCGUUACGUGACAUGGAACAAGGGCAAGGGCUGAUUCGCCGACACAUGCAAAUAAUGUACAUAACUCACUUCUUGCAGUCAUAUACACAUCUCGUACACGCUCCUCAGCGAGUCUUGCCACGUUCUUCCAUAUUGAUUGUAUCUGGUGGCUGUAUCGGGCAACGUUAGAGAGGUUAGGUUGAUCGGUCGAUGCGAAAAAAAUACUCAAAAAAACACCUGUAACCUGUAACCUAUAGUUCAUUUGACAUCGAAUGCCUCGCGAGGACAGAAACUUGGGAAAAAAAAAAAACAACACCGUGCCCGUCAUACGCACCACGUUUUUCUUGUGUGUGUGUUUUUUUUUUCUUAUAAAUUGGUAAAAUUUAUUUUGGUCGUUCAGCUGCUGAUAUAUUUUGUAUUUUUAAGAUACGAACACGUUUUAUACGAGAUUAAAAAAAAUCUACCGUUGCCUGGGUUGGUCCGUUCAGAUUUUAGAAAUCAUAAUUUGUCGGGGCGGAAUGUUUUUACGGCGGCGAUUGACUAAAUACUUUUAAACGUUACGUAAUAAUAAAGUCAUCUACAUGCUUUGCAGAAUUACGUAAAUUAAUGUAUAUAGAUGCUUUGUUAUGCAAAAAAAAAAAAAAACUGUAGGCAAUUGUACAAGCAAUUCUAAUUAAUCAAAUUGUUUCAGAUAGGUGUUACAGAAUCAAUAAUCGUAAAUAUUAGGUUGGCGGGCCGUUCCUUGGCCAGCUCGUCGAAGCUGCUUAGAAAUUGGUGUUACAAAAUGGAGGGAUUAGACUGAGCUUCAACGUAUCGAUCAAAACGUGUCGCUUCUCUCUAUGGAAAUAUAAUUGUGUUUGCUGAAAGUGUUUACUCGCAUCUUUAUUUCGAAAUACAAUUUUUUUUUUUAUUCGUAACGAUCGUUCGCGGAUCUAAUCGCUCCAUUUUACGAUAUGAAACGAGACAAAUACUUGUACGUGUGUUUUGUUUUUUUUUUCUCUCGGUAACAGAGGUUUUACUUGGGUCUGCUACGCGCAAAAAUUGUAAAAAAAAAAGUCGUGAACGUUUGCAUUCUGGUUUCUUCGAGUCGGAAAGAAUUCACGAUACAGGGGAUGUUCGUUGAUUUGUAUGAAUAUCGAGUGUGUGCGUAUGACGCGUGUGAAUGCAUUCGAGAUCCGCGACGAGUCUACUGAAAGUAGAAGUGCGAUCGAAGGCGUUCGCAAAAACGAGUAACAGUUAUGUUUCGAUUAUAUUCGUCGUCCACCGCCCAAACCCCCUUUUUUUCUUCUAAUUUUUGCACAGAUUUCUCGUUUAUCGUUUGUGUACAUUUCGUAUUGUAAUUAAUUUCCUUUAUAACACUUUCUUAUAGUUAUUUUAAUUUGUGGGUGUAUCUGCAAGUCGUGGAUGAUAAAAAAAAAAACAAAGUAAAAUUAUAUAAACACAUAUAUAUAUAUAUAUAUAUGUGUGUGUGUGUGUGCCCAUAUAUAUAUAUAUAUACCCACAUAAACAGAUAAAAAAUUGAAUGAAAUAUGUAGUGUGUGAUUUUUUUCAUUUGUUUUUCUUUUCUUUUUUUUUUUAAUUGUCUUAUGCUCUCGCAUGUUUGGCUUUAUAAAAUUUAUGAUUAUAACGUUACGAAUAACCAAAGGUAUUAAAAGUCGAGACGUUUCGUUUUCUGUUACCUCAAUCCCUUUCGAACGUGUCACUUAGCUAUACGCGCCUUAUGCUUCGAACAGUCGAACGAUUAUUAUUUAUGUCCCCGUAGUUUGUGGUGUGUAAAAUAGGGAAGUAACGAUGUAAAGAAAAGAAAGGAAAAGAGAAAAAAAAAGUAUACUAAUUGCCUUAACACGGAAUGCCUGAGAAAUUAAGGGGAGACUCGAAACUUUUACCUUUUUUGAGGAGUGUGUGUUUAAUUCGACGAAAUCUUUGCGCAUGGUACUUGGAUGAAGUUACGAUACACUUGUAUACCGAUCUAAACUAAAUAAAAACGCGCAUAUCCGAGAUUGUAAGAAUAAUGCAGAUUAUUAUCGAAAAGAGAAAAGACGAUAGAUCGAUCGCGUUAAUCGCCACGCUUCUACGACUUGUAACAAAUGAUUCAGUCACCCUGUAGAGAAUUUAAGAGGAAUAUACGAGCCUACGCGUUAGAACGAAGCAAGACUCCGCGCACAUAUAAUACAAAAUAAUCAAUCACAAUGAGAGAUAAAGCUAAUAAAUAACGAAAACAACUCCGAUUUGCUAUGUAUAUCGUAUAACUUGUUGGUAUAAAGCCGAAAAUUCGACACGUGCGUUCAGUUUUUAUUCUUGAGCUUUAAAGCGUAGCGAGUUUACGUUCCCCCUUGUUUCCACGUCACUUCGGGAUUGUAAAAUCUUAAACUUUUACACACACGCCUACUUUGCUAUUAAUAUUAUUUUUUAUUAUUAUUAUUUUUAUCGCUAUUAUGUACUAUACGAUGUACUAGGGGCGUCCCCUAAAUCAUACCUUGACAAGUGGGACAGUGGAACAGUGUGACCGAAUGCCUGUACGAACAGUCGAAUACUGUAUUAAUAUUGUUAGACUUUUAUCGUUACAAUUCUUUCCCGUAACUACGAUUCCGAAAAAUUCAGCAUAAUCUUAACGAAACGGCUUUUUACAUUAUACGUAAAUAUAUAUUAUACGCAUAUAAUAUAUAUUUAUCCGUAAGAACGAUAAGGUGCCUCGGAGUAUCGUCGUAAGUUUCGCGUGUUUCUCUCCGUUUUCUUUUAUUUUGUUUCUUCUCUUAACAACGUAAUACACAAUUUAAUACUCGUUUUCUCUUGAAAAUUCGUAGACGUAGAGGAAGUGAAAAGAAAAAAAAUCCAUUACGUAAUAUUCCAGGAUUACGAUUAUUGUAUCGAAAGUUUUCGAAAAAAUUAAAGGGUCUUUGGAAGCAAUUCUGUCCGCUUUCUGUCGAUGAUCGACGAUUCUCCUAGAUAUCCUUUGUCCGUAGAAAAGAAAAAAGAAAAAAAAUAAAAAAAAAAGUGAAGACAUUAAUCGAUCUUGUGAACACGAAGUAGAGGAAAAAGAUAUUUUUGCGUGGCUUAAACGGUUGUUUUUAUCACGCCCUUAUCCGCGCCUCGACGAACAUCAAAACGACGAGAAUUUUCGUGAAAGAAAAAAAAAAGUAAAGGAACAAAAAUUUUGACAACGAAUUUCAUGAAAAUCAGACGUUAAAAGUAAAAUUUUGAUCUCGUUACGUAAAGAAGGACGAAUAGAAUGCAUACGACAUUUCCCCUCUUUUCUAUUCGACGAAGAGACUUUCACCUUCGAGCGGAACGAAAUUUCGAUUUGUAUUUAAACAAUAUUUUACGUAUCAUUGCCUACCGUAUAAAUAUAAAUAUAUGAAUAAUAAACAUAUACAUAUAGAUAUACAUACACAUAUAUAUAUUUAUAUGUAUACACGAAUACACGCGCGAGCUACGUUCGUAAACAUAAAACACUCGUACGUGUGUACACGUAUGAAAGGAAAAGUUUAAUAAUAAUAUGCGGCUGAAGGUACACCGAAAACAAAAAACAAUGGCAAAAGAGGAGGAGAAAAAAUUUUUGGGAACCGAGACUGUAGGGAGAAACGAAAUUUCUGAAAUUUAAUUGAAUCUCGAUGAUUUAUCGUAUAGUACGCUCUUAUCGCGAUACCGUUUCUUAUCGUUAUAAUCGAUUUAUUAAUAAAUAAUAAUAUUUGGGCUUGUAAUGUAGAUAGUAGCCCAAUCGAGCGGGACGGGAGUCCGACUGUAACAUACCGACACGAUAAUUUUAACGAAGGGGACGUGUCGUUUACAUAAAAAAUGACACUCUGCCGUUCAACGACGCGCGACUAGAUCGAAAUCACUCUCGGAUCAAUGUACUCUAUCGCCAAUAAGCAAAGAAACAAACAAAAAAAGGGUUAAAAAAGAAAAGCAAAAAAAAUUGUAAACGUGAGAAAGGAAACUUCCGUUUCUAUUAAGGAUAUUUAUUAUACUAUAUUUUCCACAGUAUUUUUGUACUGUGAUAUAUAUAUAUAUACGUGUAUGCACGAUCAAGAACCGUCGCCGCUGCCUUCCUCACGUCAGAGUUUUCUUUUCCUCGAGGAAUUUCGUGGUGAUCGACAUUGAACACGGGCAAUCGAGAAAUUUUCGAGCGACGAACGGAGGUAACACAGAAUAUGAGACUUAAAUAAGCGAACGCGUUAAAAUAAUUUUAGGGGGACAUCGAUUCCUACGUAUACAUAUACAUAUAUAUGUAUAAAGAUCGUCGAUUAACUCGUCGAACGUAUCGCGCGAAUUUGCCUAAUGUCGUUGGAUCCGCGCGAGAUCUCGUCACUUUGGGCGGAUAUCAUGCCGUGUGCCGUGCAGGUUUCCUCGUCCAGAUCCAAAUGAUGGGUGAAAAAAUAAGUAAAAAUAACUCGCGCGAGUUAUCUUUCUUUGAGUCGAUCGUUCGAGCGUAUUAUUAUCAAUAAUAUCCUAAGCCAUUGGUAUUUUCCACGAAAAGCUUGAUAACUUUUAAUUGUAAUCCUUGCCAAAGGAGAGAAGCGGGUGGUGUACGGAGGAGUGCACGAUAGAGAAAAAUUUGUAGGAGCUAGCAAAGCGCAUAUAUAUGUAUGUAUCAACAUUAGAAAGAUGAGCGGGUUAACAAAUAUGUAGCGGCUUCCGUGGCCAUUUAACACCUAGACACCGAUUUCCUUUUUUAUAUUAUCGUUUUAUUUAAUCAAAGGGUGGUGUACGGGAUAGGAGGGUAGAAUCAAAAAGAAAGCCGACGAGACGACGCCUCUCUACAAAGUCCUUUCUAGUUCGUCGAGCAAGCAGAGGAGAGAAAAAAAAAGAGAGAGAGACUGUGUGUGCAUAUGUUUACGCGUGCGUGUGCGCCCCUGUACGAGAGGGUUAGAAAGAGAACACAUUUUUUCCCUUUAUCUUUGAAGAUUUUUCGCUUUGAGAACUUUUCGGUCGAAGGGGUCUUCGAUUGUCUCGAAAGUGAUUGUCCCCGUGGCCGGGGAAAAGACUAUCGAGAAAGAA